AUGGCUACUUUCGGAACCGCCCCAGCCUUCGACGCAGACGUGGAACCAUGGAGUCACUACGUUGAAAGGUUAGAACAGUACUUCGUCGGAAACAAGAUUACAGACGGGUAUCAGCGCACCGGUAUUUUUCUCUCGGUUGUGGGACCGAAAACCUACGGGCUACUUCGGAGUCUCCUGGCACCGGCCAAGCCGAGCACAAAGGCCUUCGUGGAACUAGUAGCAACACUCAGCAGUCACUUCGCCACGAAGCCGUCUGAAAUUGUGGAACGUUUCCGUUUCAACUCUCGUGUCCAGCACGAGAACGAAACUGUAUCUACAUUUAUCGCUGAAUUGAGAAAACUAUCUGAGUUCUGCGAAUUCGGAACCACUCUGGAUACGAUGCUACGGGACAGGCUGGUAUGUGGUGUCACGGACAUUGGCAUACAAAAGCGAUUGCUUGCUGAGCGGAAGUUGACCCUGGAGAAAGCUACUACACUUGCGUGCGCCAUAGAAAUGGCAACCAACAAUGCCAUGGAACUGAGUCAGCCUCCGGACAACUCAGUGAACCGGAUCAUCAACCGAAAGGGUCGACAUCGUCCGGUUGGUCAAGAGCCUAAAGGAAUCCCACCAAGACAGGCAAGUCAGAAAUUUAAGUGCAUACGUUGCGGAAGAAGCGAUCACGGAGCACCAGCAUGCCCAUUUAAGACUACUGAGUGCCACCGCUGUAAAAAGAAGGGACACCUUGCAAAGAUGUGCUUGUCAGACUCACAACAACCAAGACCACGAGCCCAUGGUCGGACGAAUGCUAUUUCAACAGAAAGGGCGACCUCAGAGGCAAGCCUUAACCUGCAGGGAAUCCAUAGUGUCGACACCCAGGCAACGCCGCGUCCGUCGAUCAUCACCACUCGUUGGAUGGACAUCCCGGUCGACAUGGAAGUUGACACAGGUUCGUCUGUUACGUUGAUACCUGCUAGCACGUACAGGAAACAUCAAGCCUCCUGGCCAACAUUAUUGCCAUGCCAACGCAAGUUAUCGUGCUACAUGGGUCAGCUACCAGUGCUAGGCGUUCUGAAAAUGGAAGUCACUUACGGACACCGCACGGCAACAGCAUCGCUUUACGUCGUUGACCAUGAGGGCCCAAGCCUAUGUGGUCGUGAUGUAAUUGCAGCGCUGGAUCUGCUUACCGUCAACGUGAAUGUUGUUAACAGCGAAGGCAAGGUGACCAAUCUGAAGCAGGAAUUCAAAUCCUUGUUUGAGCCAGGCAUCGGUCUCAUGGUAGGUCCACCUGCUCAUCUACAUUUGAAGCAAGGCAUAACGCCCAAGUUCUGCAAAGCAAGAUCUCUUCCGUAUGUAAUGCGCGACAAAGUGUCUGCGGAACUUGAUCGGCUGUGCGAAGCGGGAGUGCUCACACCGGUUACCCAUUCCGAAUGGGCGACACCUAUCGUGCCCGUCAUGAAGAAAGAUGGCACAGUGAGAAUAUGCGGCGAUUUCAAGGUUACGCUGAACCAAGUCUGUGACGUUGAACAAUAUCCUCUUCCGAAGAUUGAAGACAUGUUUGCGUCGCUUAGUGGAGCGGAGUGCUUUUCGAAAUUGGACUUACGCGACGCAUACCAGCAGAUUCCACUUGAUGAAGACUCACAGAAGGUCGCGGUAAUAAACACCCAUCGAGGCCUGUACAGCUACAAGCGUCUACCCUAUGGCAUCGCUUCUGCGCCAGCGAUCUUCCAGCGUCGGAUGGAAUCCUUGCUGAGAGAAAUUCCUGGAACGCAAGUCUUUCUCGAUGACAUCCUGAUUGGAGAACGAGAGGCAAACUUCGGAGAAAUCCUGCGCAAGGUACUCCAGCGUCUACAGGACAACGGUGUUCGUCUGAGGGAGGACAAAUGUGAGUUUCACAGGUCGGAAAUUUCGUAUUUGGGACAUCGCAUUGACAAAAGAGGACUUCAUCCCGAAGAAAAGAAGCUGAGAGCAAUAGUAGAAGCGCCAGCGCCGAAAGACGUGCAAGAAUUGAGAUCUUUCUUGGGACUGCUUACUUACUACCGCAGCUUCAUUCGUAACAUGUCCUCCUUGCUCACACCCUUGUACGACCUACUGAAAAAUGAUUCCGUCUGGAAAUGGGAUACUGCCCAAGAGGUAGCAUUCAAAAAGGCGAAAGAUGUGUUGGUAAAUUCCGGAUUUCUAACACAUUUUGAUCCGUCCCGAGAACUUCAGCUUGAGUGCGACGCAUCACCGUAUGGAAUAGCAGCAGUUCUAUCACACCGCAUUGAGGGGCAAGACAGACCAAUUGCGUUCAGGUCGAGAACUCUCACGGCGGCAGAACAGAACUACUCCCACCUGGAAAAGGAAGCAUUGGCACUUGUUUUCGGAGUCACGCGAUUCAGAGACUACCUGUGGGGACGACAGUUCAUUCUCCGGACGGACCACAAACCGUUGGUAGGACUCUUCAAAGAAGGCAAGGCUAUAUCAUCCACGGCAGCCAGCAGGAUUCAGCGAUGGGCGUUGACACUGAGCGCCUACAAUUACCAAAUUGAAUAUAAACCUGGACGUCAAAACGGCAAUGCGGAUGCACUAAGCCGCCUUCCCAUAGAAGGAACUGCAACGGAGGAAGAACUCGCAAAUUCAGAAGCAGUAUGUUCUAUCCAAAUCAUGGAGGAGGGGCCACUGUCAGCAAAGCAGCUAGCCGACUUGACAAGUCAAGAUGCUACCUUGUCAGCACUCAGGGAUGCCAUACAGCGGGGAUGGCCACAUCAGCUGCAAGACAAGGCAUUGCAACCGUAUUGGUCUCGAAGAGAUGAGCUCUCGACGGACCACGGUCUGAUUAUGUGGGGAAGGAGGAUAAUCAUCCCAGCAAAAGCACGCCAGGCGAUGCUACUGCAACUCCACUCUACACACUCUGGAAUGGCGCCAAUGAAAGCAGUAGCAAGAUCACUGUUCUGGUGGCCUGGAAUAGAUGGGGACAUCGAAAACACGGCACGGCACUGCUUGGAAUGUCAACAGGCCCAGCCAAUGCCACCAGCAAAGGAACCUCUGUCCUGGCCAUCGACAACUAUAAGAUGGUCACGCGUGCAUAUUGAUUAUGCCGGGCCAGUCGAGGGAAUGAUGCUACUCAUCGUAGUGGACAGCUUCUCACGUUGGAUUGAGGCAAUUCCGGUUAAGAAUGCUUCGUCUGAGCAAACGUCAAACGGACUAGCAGAGAGGGCGGUACGCACGGUGAAGGAUGCGUUGAAGAAAAUGAAGACUGGGGAUUUGCGCAAAAAUGUGGACCGCUGGUUGCAUUCAUACCGUCGAUCACCAAACACUGUGUCCGGUAAAUCGCCCUCGGAAAUGCUACUUGGGUACAACAUCAGGUCAAGAUUGGACCUCAUCAGCGUCCAAGAACUGCACAAAGAAGCUAUCUCAAAACCAGACCGGGCACGACCAAGCCCAGAAAAAAAUCAAGUUCGGAAACAGGUGUGCUUCGGCCAGGGACGCACGUGUUCGCUCGAAAUUACGGGCGAGGACAAAAAUGGAUUCCGGGAGUGGUACAGAACCAAAAAGGAUCCCGGAUGGCUGUUGUGA